GACCAGCACCUGACCAGCAGGAGGAAGCAAGAAGGCAGACACGAACAUUGAAUUCAUUUGGCUAACAGUUGGCAUUCCGUAUUCCUAAUGGGGACAUAAUCUCGCUACUUUAACAAAGGAUCAUGGUCAGAAAAUACAUCCUAUUCGUUGUUUUCUUGCAGUGUUUUAUUUCUGGGAUUGACAACAAAGAUGUAUUCAAUGGGAUUACAUCAAAACUUUCCAAGUACUCAAUUGUAAAUCCCCAGGUGAUUCACAGAAGUACAAGGAGCAUCCACAGCACGGCACAAUCAGAGGAGAAACAGAGAGAUGAGACAAUAUCGUACGCACUCAACAUAAACAACAAAAAACAUGUCCUUCAUCUAAAAAGGAACAGAGACUUCUUACACCCCAAAUUUGUCCAAUAUUCACGUGACGCAGCUGGUAGCUACAACACAUCAUAUCCAAGACCUCAUGUGCAUUGCUAUUACCACGGAGAGGUUGAAGGAUAUGAAAAUUCAGUGGUAGCACUCAGCACCUGCUCUGGCCUCAGGGGUGUGAUCCUCCUCGGAAAUGAGACGUUUGGACUUGAGCCUGCACCACAGUCUGCCACUAAUGAGCAUCUUCUGUACCUGCUGAAGGACAUUCGGUCCGAGCCCGUCACCUGCGGGGUCGUCAGUGAGGCCCAGUCAACGCCGAGCCACGAACCCUUUGAACCCGGCCAAUCGCUGACUUCUCUGCUACGGAGGAAGCGAAACUUACCACAAACCAGUUAUGUGGAGCUGGUGCUGGUUGUCGAUAAUCUCAGGUACAAUUUCAAACAACAAAAUGAGACAGCGGUACAUGAGGAGAUGGUGGAGAUGGCUAACCUACUGGAUGGGUACUACAAACAGCUGAAUAUCCGCGUUGUGUUAGUGGGCCUGGAGAUUUUUACGGAUAGUAACCCCUUCAGUGUGGACGGCUCUGCAGGAGAGGUGCUGGGAAGGUUUGUUAGGUGGAGGAAGACGACUCUGGUACCAAGACUCAGACAUGACCUUGGUCAGCUCAUUGUUGGUCAACCCCGGGCGUACGAAGGAGGCGUGUUAGGUAUGGCCUUCGUUGGAACGGUCUGCUCUGUAACGACCAGUGGAGGGAUCAACGUGUACAGUGACAACAACUUGGCCUUUAUCUCCACUGUGGUGGCCCAUGAGAUGGGCCACAAUCUGGGCAUGAAUCACGAUAAUUCGCGCUGCAACUGCAAUGGAAACAGCUGCAUCAUGGGAGCGAGUGCAACUGGUUCCACUACUUUCAGCCGCUGCAGUGCAGAAGACUUUGAGAGGUUGGUUGUCCGUGGAGGAGGUGUGUGUUUGAGGAAUCAGCCUUCCCAGACAGAUGUCGUCGGUAUUGCUGAAUGUGGCAAUGGCCGACUGGAGGACGGAGAGCAGUGUGACUGUGGCCAACCAGAGGAAUGCGAUAAUCAAUGCUGUGAUCCUGCCACAUGUACAUUCACACGUGGGUCCACUUGUGCUCAGGGAGGCUGCUGCAACAACUGUCAGAUCCAGGUUGCUGGAACGCCAUGCAGAGAGUCUGUCAACACCUGUGAUCUUCCUGAAUUCUGUAAAGGCAACAGUCCAUUUUGUCCCAAUGACUACUAUGUCAUGGAUGGCCUGCCCUGUGAAAACAAUGCUGCAUACUGCUAUGAAGGCCGCUGCCAGACAUACGAUUACCAGUGCAGACAUCUAUUCGCACCAGAUCCUGCAAGAAAGGCAGCGGAUAUUUGUUUUUCACAUGCAAAUGUCAUAGGAGACAAAUUUGGGAACUGUGGAAUCACCAGCACAGGAAACUACAUAAAAUGCACUGUAGCAAAUGCCAUGUGUGGGAAGGUGCAGUGCACGGAUGUGGACUUGUGGAACCCUCCUGAUGGUGCCACAAUCGGCAUCCAAAUAGUUGAAGGGUCAAGUUGUGUCAAUGCAGACUUCAACCUUGGCACAGAUGUGCUUGAUCCUGCCUACGUCAACCCUGGCAGCCCUUGUGACAAAGGAAAGACCUGUUUGGACUUUCAGUGCGUGAACGCUUCUGCUCUGCUGCCCAACUUAGAUUGUGAGGCUCAAACCACCUGCAAUGGCCGAGGGGUAUGUAAUGACCAAGGCAACUGCCACUGUGAUAAUGGGUGGGCACCACCUAACUGUGACAGAUCGGGGCAAGGUGGCAGCAUAGACAGUGGUCCUGUUCAGAUAGACUACUCCCUCAGAAACGGCCUGUUGAUCUUCUUCCUGUUGUCGGUUCCUGUUCUGGUUCUCAUCAUUCUGGCGAUGCUCUACAUCUAUAGGAGAGAUUCCCUGGAGCCCUGCCUAAAACAACGAAGCCAUAAGUCACGAAAUGCUCGAAAUGUAAAUGCACAGCCAAACCACAAUGUUCAAACAGACGUCACAACCCAUCCUCCAGUACGGGUCCCUCCUGUUAGGCCUGGAAAUCCACCAGCUACCUCAGCUCCAAGUUCUGAUUUCAGGUACGGAGAACUGGACUACUGGAACACAAACAAGGUCCCUGUGCAAUCACCAGCUCCUACGCAAGGCCCCGGGGUGCCCAAACCAAUCCCUCCAAGACAAAAACAAGUGUGAUUAACUUCUCUUUGUGGCAUAUUUUUAGUUGUAUGGUGAGUGAGUUGACCACAGUUCAACGCAGUAUUAACAGAUCAUUUUAAAACGCUGUGAUGAUUAUUCACUGUAACCUGGUACCUGCACCUUCUGUAAGAUUGGAUGUAGUAUUGUGGUGGUGGAUGAGGCUGGAAAAUACUUAAUGGAAUAUGUUGGUUUUAUUAAAUCAUUGUUUAUCACACUUUAGAUAUACAGGGGAAAACACUUCUGUAUCUUGUUCUAUUAUGGGGUUUUUUUUUCAAAGUAUUUUAAAUAUUUUAUGAAUUUUGAUUCUGUGGAUGUUAAUUGUAAUAAAAAAAUAUACAGUUUGUACAAAGUUUAUUAUUUUUAUUGUAAAGUAUGCUUUUCUUGCCCUUUUUUAAUUCUUGGAGUGUGUUAAUAGUACAUGAAGGGCAUAAACUAUGCAGGUGUCAGAUCUAAACAUUAUGCAAGAAAAUGCUUUAGUAAGUGGCUUUACUUUUCGCUUUGUUUUUCAGCGGUGCCUCAAGGGAAAUGUUCUCACCUUGUUUCUUCUGUUUCGGCAGUUUAGCCAUUUGCAUUCACUGUUCACCUAAAGGAUAAAUGACUUUAACCUCCAUGUUCUUGGGCGUUGACAAUAUGCAGCUUGUUUGGGAUGUGUAACCAAAGAAACCAAAGAAAGUUUUACUUAUAAAACAAAACCACCUACACCUGGCUGUUCUAAAACCAAUUGUUCAGAACCCUUUUGGUAUGUGAAGUCAACCUAAUAUCUCUCAAUAACUUCGAAUUGUGGUUUUAUUGUUUUAAUAGUUGGGGUUUUUCGAGUUGAAGUUGGAAAUGUUUUACAAUAAGUUAAUAAAGAUCACAAAUGUUAUUCCCAA